AUGAGCCCCAAGGCGAUGCUGAGCGGGCUGACCGGGCAGGUGGCCAAGCCGUGGUUCCCUCUCGUCAUCCUGGUCCUCUCCCUGGCCAACGUUUUCAUCGUCUUCCUCAGCGGAGGCGUCACGGCGCUGUUCGUCAGCACGUGCGCCGCGAGGGGUCGUAAGGGGUUCAUGGUCGCCGCGGUGUGCAACGCGCUGGGGGCGCUGCUCGGGUACUGGAUCUUCGGCGAGAUCGUGGAGCGCAACGGCACCGACUGGGUGAAGGCGCAGUACCCCGACGUGUUCGCCUCCGACAACUGGCAGAGGGUGCAGGACGCCAUGCGAGCGUGGGGAUGGAUCGGGGCGGUGGCGAUAUCCGCGGCGCCCGCUCCGCUGCACCCGCUCGUGGUGUUCGGGGCGCUGACCGGGGUGGGCAGGUGGGUGAUGCUCAGUGCGGUGUUCUUUGGGAGGCUGAUUAAGUACGCCGGGUUCGGGUUCGUCGCCACCGCGGCGCCAGGGACGUUCCGAUGGGCGGCGAAGGGCAAGAGGGAAUAG